CUCAACGACGAGCUCAUUAGCAGCUGCCAUUGAACGAACACUCGGCAAUUAGACUACCAUGGCAGGUGCACUACAGAAUGCUGAACGCGACCUUCCAAAAAUCGCGGAUGAGGAACACGAGUCGCGCUUUGGCCAGGUGUUCGGUGUAUCAGGUCCCGUCGUGAUUGCGGAGAACAUGACCGGAGCUGCCAUGUACGAACUCGUUCGCGUCGGCCAUGACGAACUAGUAGGAGAGGUUAUCCGAAUCGAUGCGGAUAAAACUACCAUCCAGGUCUACGAAGAGACAUCUGGUGUGACAGUUGGCGAUCCUGUACUCAGGACAGGGAAACCACUGUCCGUGGAAUUGGGACCAGGUUUGAUGGGGAACAUUGUAGAUGGCAUACAGCGACCACUGAGGUCUAUUCAAGACCUUUCCAAGUCCAUCUAUAUACCCCGUGGCAUCAAUACCGAAGCUCUGGACCGCUCAAUACAAUGGGACUUUAGACCGGCGUCAUUCCAAGUUGGAGAUCACAUAGCCGGCGGCGAUGUAUUCGGUGGCGUGUGGGAGAACUCACUCGUAAACAACCACAAGAUCAUGCUUUCGCCCCGCGCCCUUGGUACCAUAACGUUUAUUGCGGAAAAGGGCAGCUACACAGUUGAUGAUGUUGUCCUGGAAACAGAGUUCCAGGGUAGAACAACGAAACAUACCAUGAUGCAGCUCUGGCCUGUCCGUGCCCCUCGGCCCGUCUCUGAGAAAUUGUCAGCCAAUUAUCCACUCCUGACUGGCCAACGAAUCCUGGACGCCCUUUUCCCCUGUGUGCAAGGUGGCACCACCGCUAUCCCGGGGGCCUUUGGCUGUGGCAAGACAGUUAUCUCGCAAGCCCUAUCUAAAUAUUCCAACUCUGAUAUUAUCGUAUACGUCGGAUGCGGUGAGCGGGGAAAUGAGAUGGCGGAGGUACUGAUGGAGUUCCCCCAACUGACCUUGGAGGUUGGCGAUCGUCAGGAACCUAUCAUGAAGCGUACCACACUUGUCGCCAACACCUCAAACAUGCCCGUGGCUGCUCGUGAAGCGUCCAUUUACACAGGCAUCACCCUCUCUGAGUAUUUCCGCGACCAAGGAACCAAUGUAGCAAUGAUGGCCGACUCAACAUCCCGAUGGGCUGAGGCUUUGCGUGAAAUCUCAGGUCGUCUUGCAGAGAUGCCUGCCGAUUCAGGUUACCCAGCCUACCUCGGAACGAAACUUGCCAGCUUCUACGAGCGUGCUGGUAAGGUGAAAUGUCUGGGCAGCCCGGUACGUGAGGGCUCCGUCUCCAUUGUAGGCGCGGUGUCCCCUCCCGGAGGUGAUUUUGCCGAUCCAGUUACCUCUGCCACGCUGGGCAUAGUCCAGGUCUUCUGGGGUCUGGACAAGAAGCUGGCCCAGCGCAAGCACUUCCCGUCUGUUAACUGGAACCUUUCCUACUCCAAGUAUACCAAAGUCCUGGAGCCAUUCUACGAGCGCGACUACCCCGGAUUUGUCGAUCUCCGAGUGCGCGCAAAGGAAAUACUUCAGAAAGAAGAGGAUCUCGCUGAAAUAGUUCAGCUAGUGGGCAAAAGCGCACUCGGCGAAAACGACAAGAUCACACUGGAGGUUGCGCGUAUGUUAAAGGAUGAUUUCUUACAACAAAACGGUAUGAGCGAGUACGACCGAUACUGUCCAUUCUACAAGACGAACGGCAUGCUCAAAAAUUACGUGGCAUUUUACGAUGCUGCUCUAAGAGCCGUAGCCCAGGGGGACUUGACGUUUGCGAGGAUCAGGGAGUCAGCGAGCGACUUGAUGUUCAAGCUUUCACAGAUGAAGUUCGAGUCCCCGUCUCAAGGACAAGAGCCGAUCACGAGGAAGCAGGAUGCACUGUAUACCGAGAUCCAAGACAAGUUCCGCCAGAUGGUAGAGUAGAAGACCAUCACCCGUAGCGCAUAUUCAUUCCAUGCUCCCAUUACGACUUGUCAUCUUGCCAGUGACGUGAGUGGGAAACAUGUACAUACUGUAAUGCAACCUUCACGAUGACACGUCCAAUCAAGCUCACAACAUGGUUUAAUGUUUG